GGGGUGUGGACGGCGCUGCGAUGGCUGCCCGCGGGUGUCGGACCAGCGAAGCCCCCGGCGCCUCUCAGAGCCCGGCCUCCUGACGCCGCCAGUGGGCGGGGUCGCCCGGGCCGCCGCCACCGCUGUCAUGUAUCCGCCGCCGCCGCCGGCGCCACAUCGGGACUUCAUCUCGGUGACGCUGAGCCUUGGCCAGAGCUACGACGGCAGCAAAAGCUGGCGGCGGCGCUCGUGCUGGAGGAAAUGGAAGCAGCUGUCGAGAUUACAGCGCAACGUGAUCCUUUUCUUCCUCACGUUUCUCCUGCUCUGCGGGCUCCUGUCCUACAUCAGCGUGGCUGACCAGUGGAGAGCCGUGGAUGGCAGGUCAGCGGAAGAGCGGAAGGUGAGACCAGCAGAUCCGCCCGUCUUGCCGGCUCCUCAGAAGGCAGAUGCUAAUCCAGAAAACUCGCCGGGGCUUUUACCCCAGAAGCCUCAGAGGCAUUUCCGACGGGGACCGCCCAACCUGCAGAUCAGAGCCCCCGACAAAGACUCCAAGGACCGGAGGCAGGAUGACACGAGGCGGAGGGACGAGGUGGUGGGCGACGCUCGUCAGGAAGAGAGCACACAGAGAACGGUGGUCAGCUGGAGGGGUGCAGUGAUCGAGCCGGAGCAGGGCACCGAACCCCCUUCGAGAAAGGCAGGGGGCCCCCCCACCAAGCCUUCCUCACAGGCCCCCGGGAUUCAGAACCAACCAGCCUCCCCGAACGAGCGUCAGAGGGCCGUGAUAGACGCCUUCCGCCACGCGUGGACCGGCUACCGCAAGUUCGCCUGGGGCCACGACGAGCUGAAACCCGUGUCCAGGUCCUUCAGCGAGUGGUUUGGCCUGGGACUUACGCUGAUUGACGCCCUGGACACCAUGUGGAUUUUGGGUCUGAAAAAAGAGUUUGAAGAAGCCCGCAAGUGGGUGUCUAAGAAGCUCCGGUUUCAGAAAGACGUGGACGUCAACCUGUUCGAGAGCACGAUCCGGAUCCUGGGCGGCCUUCUGAGCGCCUACCACCUGUCCGGGGACGACCUCUUCCUGAGGAAGGCCGAAGACUUUGGGAAUCGGCUGCUGCCUGCGUUCCAGACGCCCUCCAGGAUCCCAUACUCGGACGUGAACAUCGGCACCGGAGCCGCCCACCCGCCCCGCUGGACCUCGGACAGCACGGUGGCCGAGGUCACGAGCAUUCAGCUGGAGUUCCGAGAGCUCUCCCGCCUCACGGGGAGUAAGAAGUUUCAGGAGGCCGCAGAGGAGGUGACGAGGCGUGUGCACUCCCUGUCGGGGAAGAAGGACGGGCUGGUGCCCAUGUUCAUCAACACGCACAGCGGCCUCUUCACUCACAUGGGAGUGUUCACUCUGGGCGCCAGGGCCGACAGCUACUACGAGUACCUGUUGAAGCAGUGGAUCCAGGGCGGAAAGAAGGAGACGCAGUUACUGGAAGACUACCUCGAAGCCGUCGAGGGAAUCAAAAGGCACCUGCUGCGCAGGUCUGAGCCCAGGAAGCUCACCUUUGUGGGGGAGCUGGCCCACGGCCGGUUCAGCGCCAAGAUGGACCACCUGGUGUGCUUCCUGCCAGGGACGCUGGCUCUGGGCGCCCACCACGGCCUGCCCGCCGACCACAUGGAGCUGGCCCGGGCGCUCAUGGACACCUGCUACCAGAUGAACCGCCAGAUGGAGACGGGGCUGAGCCCCGAAAUCGUGCACUUCAACCUGUACCCCCAGAGCGACCGCAAGGACGUGCAGGUCAAGCCGGCCGACAGGCACAACUUGCUGCGGCCCGAGACGGUGGAGAGUCUGUUCUACCUGCACCGCCUCACGGGAGAGCACAAGUACCAGGACUGGGGCUGGGAGAUCCUGCAGAGCUUCAACAAGUACACGCGGGUCCCCUCGGGUGGUUAUUCCUCCAUCGGCAACGUCCAGGAUCCCCUCAAUCCCCAGCCCCGGGACAAGAUGGAGAGCUUCUUUCUGGGGGAGACGCUCAAGUACCUGUACCUGCUCUUCUCCGACGACCCGGCCCUGCUCAGCCUGGACGCCUACGUGUUCAACACUGAGGCUCACCCCUUGCCCAUCUGGGCCCCGCCUAGGGUGGGGUGACCCCCCCCGUGGGCACUGCCCGGGGGCCUCACACGUCUUGCGUCUGUGGGUACCUGUCCUCGGAACCCUGGCCUCGGGUAGGUUCGCUCUCUCGACCUUGGCCGCGGCGUGUCCCCUCGGCCGACUGUCCGUGCUCCAGGGUCAGGCUGAUGACAUUCCCCAGGGGGUUACCGAGCCUGACGUCUCAGGGCCUCAGAGGUGGUCAGGGCAGCUGGGCGCCCGGUGCUUUGCCGCUGGCUUUGCACUUCUGGCUUGUGGUUCUCAUGACGUCGGAUGGUGUCGUGAGGUCAGCGCCGUGAAUCCCCGAGGCCCCACCUGCUGGGGACCUUCCUGCUUGAAUCAUGACUUACAUUCCUGAUCCCCAAACGUCUUCUGUGUGGCCCCAGUGUCUCUGCUCGUCCCCUGGGGCCGCUCUGGGUCUCCUGGACCCACACGUGUUCUGAGAUGAGCUGAAGGGACAGCCCGACAUGCGGUUCAGCCCGGGGUCUCAGAGUCUGUGAAUGUGCCCUGACCCGGGAGUCCUGGGGGGGCACUUGUGACCUCCUGCGAAUCCGGGCACCUGGCCGGCUGUGGUGUUUACAUGUUGGACUCAGGGAUCCUCCCCCGGCCCUGCAGGGGCGGGGAGGGGCGGGUGGACAAGUUCAUCCUGCUCCUGGACCACCCGACAGAACGGACUUUCCAGGCAGCAUAAAC